CUUCGUUUCUUCCCCCUUUUCUUCCACUUCUCCGACUUCAAAAUCAAAUUGGUUUUUUUCUUCUCAAAUUUUUCAAUUUUCAGAUAAUUCAAUCACAGUAUUGGGGUAGUUUUUGAUUGAUUCAAUAGUUUUAGUUUUAUAUCAAUGGCCCAUAACAGCAACGAUGUUGUUGGGGUUGAUAACACAUUCAGAAGGAAAUUUGAUCGGGAAGAGUAUUUGGAACGAGCUCGGGAACGUGAAAAACAGGAGGCUGAAGGGCGGGUUAAAUCCAAAUCAAGGGGUCCUCCGGUGCAAAGGAAGCCCUUGAAACAUAGGGAUUAUGAAGUGGAUCUUGAAUCUCGCUUGGGAAAAACUCAGGUUGUUACUCCUGUGGCACCUUUAAGUCAGCAGGCUGGAUACUACUGUUCAGUUUGUGAGUGUGUAGUGAAGGAUUCUGCAAAUUACUUGGAUCAUAUCAAUGGAAAGAAACAUCAAAGAGCGUUGGGUAUGUCUAUGCGGGUUGAACGGGCAUCUGUUGAACAGGUCAAAGAGCGAUUUGAAAAUCUUAAGAAACGGAGAGUUCCUGGCAGCUUCACAGAGCAAGAUCUUGAUGAGCGAAUCUUAAAGCAGCAGCAAGAAGAGGAGGAACGGAAGCGCCAACGUCGAGAAAAGAAAAAAGAGAAGAAGAAAGAGAAGACGGCAGAAGAGGAAACUGAAAUGGAUCCGGACAUUGCAGCUAUGAUGGGAUUUGGGGGUUUUGCUUCGUCCAAGAAGCCUUGAUGUUUGAUAAUUAUGUCCUAUAUGAGCAGUGAGCUUUGCCAUGUAAUCGUUGGAGCCUUGUUUUUGAACAUGUGACAAUAAGGAACAACUUAAUUUAGUUACCUUGACCUUUUAGAGACGGUGGUGGGUUUGGUAACAUUUUUAGAAAGGGAUAAAUGUAAAAUCGGUCCAUGUGGUUGGCUUAAAUUAUAAAUCACUUCAUGAAGUAUAAAA